AUGUUAUCCGGAGAAGGGAGGCCUCGACUUAUUUUCAAGGAUCGUGAUGGACAACAAAUGCGGUUUUUUGUGGACGCAGGAGGGAAUAUUGACUCAAACACGCGAAGGACCAGUAUUCGGAAGAUACAGCGUCGCGGAGGCCUCAUCGUUCUGAGCCCUUUAGAAGCCCAGUAUAUUAUCGUAUGGGACGAUACAUCUGAUGGUCAACUCUACGCACGUACCUGGUCUGGAGAGGGGAAAGUAGUCCUCACUCUUGAAUGGGUGAACAAGUGUGUCCGAGAUGAGAUUUUUCUUGGACCUACCAAUGAUUAUGGAGGGUGUAGGGUUAGCAUAACGGAUGGCGCCAUAAAACCUUUGGCCAAUGAGCAACCAUUCGAGGAUGAUGAAGAGUAUGUUCAUCGUAUUACUACAUGCCUUCCGUUGCCUCAAUCCCCUUUUCCAGGUCGUCCUUCCCCCUUCCCCCUUCGACAUCUAUUGUGCCUACCUCGUUCAUUCCUGUCGACCAGCUUGAACCCUCAGUGCAUGGCACAGACGUCACGGCUCGCCGACAUCUAUCGCCUCCUUUGCCCGUGA